UUUGUCAUGAUGCCAUUGGCCAGUAGUACAAAGUAAAGAGGUUAAAUAAGAGAAGAACACAGACCCUACCGCCAACAACAAAAAUAAAAUAGCAGGCAAGUACAUUGAGAGAUUGAUAGUUUUUGGAGUAACUGAUGCAAAGACUCAAACUUUGAUUGAAUUUCUUUGUUGGGUUUUGGUUAAAGAAAGGAAAACGAAGACAGCAUGGUGGCUAUGGUGUCUAUGGACUCCCUACCUUUAGGGUUUAGAUUCAGGCCAACUGAUGAAGAAUUGAUAAGCCACUACUUGAGACUCAAAAUCAACGGUCGUGAUUCUGAAGUCGAAGUCAUACCUGAAAUUGAUGUUUGUAAAUGGGAGCCUUGGGAUUUGCCUGGGCAAUCUGUGAUAAAGACUGAUGAUCCAGAGUGGUUCUUCUUCUGCCCACGAGAUAGGAAGUAUCCUAAUGGUCAUCGUUCAAAUAGAGCAACAGAUGCUGGAUAUUGGAAGGCUACGGGGAAGGAUCGAACAAUAAAGUCUCGGAAAUCGGCUGGUAAUACGACCUUGAUUGGUAUGAAGAAAACAUUGGUUUUCUACCGUGGUCGUGCUCCAAAGGGAAAGCGUACGAACUGGAUAAUGCAUGAGUAUCGUCCCACUGAAGAGGAUCUUGAUGGUACCGGCCCUGGCCAGGUUGCAUUUGUCCUUUUUCGCUUAUUCAGAAAGCCAGAAGAGAGAACCAAUGGUGUAAAGUAUGAUGAGAUAGAACAGAUUGGAUACUCUCCUACAGCUGCUAAGUCCUCUCCUGAUAAUGCAUCAUCAGAUCUAGUUCAAGAAACAGCUACAUCUGACAUGCAUUCAGGAAAGCAGUCAGAAGAUAUAAAGAUGUGGUUGACUGAGUCUGACAACGUGACUGCUAAUUCUGUGGGGCCUGUUGAUAUCUGCAGUAAUAGACAUGCAACUUCAGAUAUUGAAGAUCAAGUGCCAGAAGCAACAGCUGUGGAGGCAUGUCCGCUGCUGGAUGAAAGUUCUCUUAUACACGAGCCUGUAUCUGGUGAACUUGAUCGUGAAGUUUUCUCCCCAGUGCAAUCACAUAUUCCAGCAGACCUAGGAUGCUACAUAGAUUCACCUUAUGCCAGUGACUUUGGCAACGAUCAAAAUGGAUUUCCUUUUCAGGAUGUCUCCAUUGAACAGGAUGUAUCCAUCACAGAAUUGUUAGAUGGCUUCUUCAAUAACCAUGACGAGUGUUCUGGUGAAGAAACAAGUAAGAUCAAUGUGGGUGUUGGAACUGAGACUCAGUUGUGUGGUCAGAUACCACCAGGAAACUCUUAUGCUCCGGACAAUGGUAUAUACAGUUUCAUGAACAAUUUACAGCAUGUUUCGCUCAUGAGAGUCCCAGCGUGGCCUAGUGAUCAAUUUUGUAGCAAUGAACUAUUUCAAAUGCAGCCUGCACUUGGAACUUUGAGAGCACCCACUCCUGUUUUUUAUGGAGAACUUGGAAGGGGAAAUAUUAGUCAUUUUGGCAAUAAUUUUGUUGGACAAGAUGCUCCAUCUGCCAAAUCUGCAAUCUCAUCCUUUGGUGUGCUUAAUAGUAUGGAAGAAGCAACCAGUCAGAUGACUUCUGUAGACAAUGGCAGUGGUGUUAGUGGAACUGGAAUCAAGAUUAGGGCCCGCCAGCCUCGAGUCCGACCACAGUCAGACAUCUUCAUUGCCCAGGGCAGUGGCCCAAGAAGAAUCCUUCUGCAGCUGCAAACGAAGCUUUUGUCUGAGUCAGUUGGAUAUUGCAAGGUUAAAGAUGCAGGCUACAUUGAAGAUGAAGAUGAGGUGCAAUCAUCUGUAACAGAGGCCACUGGAGAUGCUGAAAAACAGACCCCUACAGCUGACUAUCUGCAGAAAGAAAGCCCACUUCCUAGUUCCAAGACUAACAGAGAAAUUGCUGAAGAAUCUUCUUCAGAUUUGAGGUUAAGGGCGAAAAAGGAGGGUGAAUCCGAGAGCAGCCAGAUAGCAUCAGCAGCAUUUCCAGCAGCACCUCCAGUUUAUGUCAGCAUUUUCCUCCUCUUAAUCGCAAUCGUAGCGUUUGCUGGAAUAUGGAGAUCCCAUAUGACCGUGAAGUUUCUCUGGAUACAGGAUGGUGCAAGCGAUAAUUUGUAGUGCAUGUUUUCUUCCACGAGGAGCAGAAUAGUUUUGUAGAUGGCACUUAAAACACUCAAGGCAUAUAUAACUUAGGUUACUACUAGUGUGCAUAAAAUUAUAUGAACUGUUGGUGGUGUAAAUUGUGUAAGUUUUUUAGUACAGUAAGUAGCUCUGAUUGUAGAUGAUGCCUUUGUUGUAUGCAUUUAGCAGCUUCUCAUUCUAGUUGGUUUCUUUGCAUUCGUGCAUGUCUUUCAAAUACAGUACAAGAGCUUCAAAUGAAAUGCACAAUUCUCAUUACAA